AUGGCACACGGAUAUCGAAUUCGUGCCAAAGAGGUGAGAUGUCACCUCCAAUCUAUGGAAUUAUGUACAGGUAUCCCUUACUUUGCACUAGCCACCCCUUCUUCUAUAUUUCCUCUGCCUCUGUUGGCACCGAAUUUUUGAAUGCUUCCUGGAAUGCUGUUGCUAUAGUUUGAGUCUUGUUGUCUCUUAUUUUUCUAAUUUUAUUUUGUUAUCUUCAUUCUAUACUUUUCCUCGAGCAUUACCUUCAUGUUCGAUAUGGAUGAGGCAACAACAAUUGUGUUCAACCUUGCUCGUAGAAAUGGAAUCGAACUAUGUCCGGAAACUCAUACUUAGCAGCCCAAGUUUUCAUUUUGCUCUGUUCCUAUGACACUUUUCCCCAAGUUUUCCGGUCGAUGAAGUGGACGAUGAUGGUCCGCGAAGUGCAGAAGCAGCUCCCUCCGCAGCCGCACUGGGCCUUCCGUUACACCAUGCUCUUACGAGCCACCCGCAAUCUGGGCUUCUCCAUCCUGCAGCUCCCUCUUCAACUGCGCAAACCUAUGAUGAUCUUCUACCUGGUUCUGCGUGCCCUUGACACCAUCGAGGAUGAUAUGAGCUUAUCGUCGGAAGUGAAGAUACCAAUCCUCAUAGCCUUCCACGAGCACAUAUAUGAUCAUGACUGGCAAUUUUCAUGUGGUUCCCCUAAGUACAAAGUUCUCAUGGACAAUUUCUACAAUGUCAGAACAGCCUUCUUAGAGCUCGAGACCAGUCAUCGAGAGGUGAUCAAGGAUGUUACGAAAAGAAUGGGGGCAGGAAUGGCCAAAUUCAUCAGCAAGGAGGUUGAGACGAUGGAUGACUUGCACGAGUACGCCCAUUAUUCUGCUGGGGUCUAUCCAGGAAUAUCAAGGAUUUUCCGCACAUCCAAGUUGGAGGAUUCAUCCUGUCAUUCAGCUGACCAGGAACAUCUCUACAACUCCAUGGCCUUAUUGGUUCAGAAAUCAGACGUUAUUCGGGACUAUCUGGAAGAUGUACACGAAGCACCAGAGCCGCGUCGGUUCUGGCCUCGUUGUAUAUGGGGCAAGUACGUAAACAAAUUGGAGGACUUCAAACAUGAAGAGAACUCGGCGAAAGCAGUGCAGUGUCUGAACGAGAUGGUCAUGUAUACCUUGACCGACGUGGAAGAUAGCUUGAAGAAUUUGUCGUCCUUGAAAGAUCCUGUCGAGUUCCGGUUUUACGCACUCCAUCAUGUAGCAGCUACCGGGAUGCUAGCUUUAUGCUACAACAAUAUCGAUGUCUUCAGAUCUGCAUCGAACUUAAAGUUAAGACCAGGUCUUGCCGCCAAGCUUUUUGAUAGGAUAUGGACGAUUUCAGAUUUGUGUCGUGCCAUCUUGGAGUUUUCGAGCCUGAUGAAGUCAAAGGUUGAGAAGCACGACCCGAAUUCAGUGGAAACUUUGGUCAGAAUUGAAGCCAUAGAGCAUAUCUGCAAGACCGGAUCUCAACAGGAAUGUUAAAUUGAAGGUUGGUUUGGGCUCCUUACCUUUCUUGAGUUAUUAUUACAUGCACUUGGCCACAUCUUCUUCCUGGCGUUAGAGAUUGGAUCAGACCGAUCAAUCCCAAUGUAUGUCUGUCUUUGAACUUGAGUAACUAAAGUUGUCUGUCUUGCGUUGUAGUCAACAGUAACUUACGAGUUAAGUUAGACAGUUUCUGUUUAUGAAUUUCAAAUGUUUACUGUAGGAAGCAGUUAUUUUCACUUGGUUAUGGCCUCAUAUGUAAGAGGGGUCGAUGGUGUAUGGACGGACACGCAGUUAAUGAACAUUUUCCCUUCA